GUACGAGUAGCCUAAUCUACCGAUUACUCAUUGAAGAGGGCUGCCGUUAGCACCUGUCACUCUGUCAACGGAACCGAUUCAUCCAAAGAGGCAAGAAGGAAGAGCAGAAACACUGCACAAGUGCAAAUGGUGAUUCUUUCCAUUUCAAAUUCACCACGCUCCUCUCCCUGCACCAUGCUCUCUUUGAGGUAUUCCGACGGACCUCACCCUUUUAACCUAUCGACAGUUUCUCGAUCAGCUUCUCAACCCCCUUUGCCGCAAAAUAACAGCUCUCUGAACUAUAAGUACUGCCCCCUCAGAGUUUCGAUUGAUCUAAAGGGAGGGAUGAAGAAGAGAUUGAGAAGUGGCGUGGUCUGUUACUACUCUGCUGCUCUGACUCCUCGCAAUCUUCAUUGGGUCUGCACCGUCUCCUCUGUGGUUUUGAUGCUUGCCAAGGGAACUUCUAUUCAUAAAUCUUUUCUUGUUCCUUUAUUUGCUUUACAAGCCCCAUCAGCUCUUGUCUCAUGGAUCAAGGGUGAGUAUGGCAUUUGGACAGCGUUCUUGGCACUUCUGGUUCGCCUUUUCUUCUUCUUUCCUGGUGAUCUGGAACUUCCAUUAAUUGCACUACUGAUGGUGAUCGUGUCCCCUUAUCAAGUUUCAAACUUAAGGGGGGCAAAGGAGGGUAUAAUUCUUUCCCUGGUGAUAUCAACUUAUCUUGCUUUCCAGCAUUUCUCACGUGCAGGAAGCUUAAGAAAAGCGUUUGAUCAAGGUUCAAUCAUUGCCACCGUAGCCAUAUUAUGCAUUGUCGUUAUACCUUGCUUGCUCUUGAUCUAACUGAAUGUAGAAGCGUCAUGAAAAUGGCUUCAUCUGUAAUUAAUGGUUUAAUAUCUAUAGAUUUUUAUAGAUUUUUCUCUUGGGAAAUCAUGAGCGUGAAAACGACUUUAACAGUUUAUGCUUAUGUAUUUAUCAUGUAAACUUUAUGGAUGAACUGUCAGUUUAUUUUUUUGCGGCUCUGUAAAAGUUUGUAUAUCUGGCCAGAUAUUUGAGGAUUAGGUAUAUUUCUUCUUCUGUUUUUAAAAAUACUCCGUAUAACUGAUGUUUGAAAUAACAUCGCAAGG